UUCCCUCCUUAAAAAGCAUCAUAAUCCUAUUCAUCACUUGUUUUCUCAUCCAAGUUUGUGCCUAUCCAAAUGGCCAAGUUACAGGUUCUUGUGGAACAAUGAUGCCAGAGCAUGGUGCCUCCGCUCAAACCUCCACAUCACCUUAUAUUUUAACAUUAGCUAAAAGCACCUAUAGCCCUGGGGAAAACAUUGCAGUCACUCUCACCAGCAACAGUGGUGCCACUCAGUUCAAAGGUUUUCUGAUCCAGGCUCGUUCAGGCAGUGAUUCCACCCCUGUGGGCUCCUUCAAGACCAGUAGCACAAAUGUACAAACCCUGACUUGUUCUUCUACUGCUAGCUCAGUAAGUCACACAUCAAGUACUGCAAAGACCAGCAUACAGGUGACAUGGGUGGCACCAAACUCCAACCUUACAGAUAUCCAGAUCAGAGCCACUGUUGUACAAGUGGGGACUAUUUUCUGGACUAAUCUGCUCAGUCCAAAGAUUGCAUAUGUUGCUCUCUCCAGUACUGACACAUCUAUUACCACAGUGGGAAAUAUCACAUCAUUUACAAAAGGAACAACCACUACAGCCAAACUCAUUGCCACUCCCACCAGUAUCACAUCUAGUACCAAAGUGGGUGUUCUACCCGGUAACAGUGGAUCACAACUCGCUACUUUGACCUUUGAAAAACUCUUCUCAUUUUGUGCUAUUGCCGUCACUUUUGCACUGGAAUGAUGUUCUUCUAAAUCAACGGAAUAAUCUUGAAGACUGAAGAACUGGGAUCUUAAGUAAUGAUGGUGGUGGCCUGUUUCUAGACCUCAAUGUAACAUCUGACCUACUGUAUUUUGCUCCAAUGUUGCCAUUAUAAACUAGUUAUGUUAUUGUGUAGACCUAUUGUUAAAUGCAUACUGCAUUUUUAAAAAUCUUGAACAAAAAUAUCUGAAAAAAAAAAAAAAGAAUUCUGGAAAAUCA